AUGGCACCGCAAUUUGACGUCGCGGUGAUUGGAGCCGGCAUGGCCGGACUCGUCGCAGCGCGGGACCUCACAAAAUUUGGAUAUUCCGUCGUGCUACUAGAGGCUCGCGAUCGAGUGGGCGGACGAACCUAUCGGGGCGAGGCCUUUGGGACCGAGUUGGAACUCGGUGGAGGCUAUGUACACUGGACACAGCCGAACAUCUGGUACGAGAUGCAGCGCUACGGACUGACGGUACAGGCACCCAUGGAAGAAGGUAGAGCGAUCUGGUUAGCGGAUGGCAAGGUGCACACAGGCUCCCAAGAAGACUUCUUCGCCGUUGUGGGUCCUCUGCUCGCCCGGUUGUUCGCUGACGCCCGCUCUCGCUUCCCUAUUCCCCUACACCUGGCGGCAGUUGACAACUCGGACAUCGAGAAGACCUCCAUCGAGGACCGCAUCAACUCGCUAAACCUGUCACCUUACGAGCGGGAUGUACUGAAGGCUGCACUGGCCGGUGUCAUCCAUUCCUACGAGGAGCAGGGGAUCGCUCAGCUACUACAGGCCGUUGCAGCCUUCUUCGGCGAGUAUCACGCUUUCUUCGAGACAGCUGGCACGUGGGGUAUUGACGGUGGCACGAAGCAAUUGGCCAAAGCCAUACUAGCAGAUUCUACCGCUACCCUCCGACUCUCCACGCCUGUCACCACCAUAACUGACCAUGGUUCUGGGGUGACUAUCACUACGCGCACUGGAGAAAGGAUUCAAACCCGCUCCGCUAUUCUGGCGAUCCCCCUGAAUACCCUAGGUGAUGUGAAGAUCACACCGGAACUUCCCAAAGCUGCACGCUCGCUCAUCGACCGGAAGAACCCAGUGCGGGCGCACAAGAUCUGGAUCCGCGUCAAGGGCGAGGUUGAACCGUUCAGCAUCCUGGCCCCAGUCGGCGAAUCGCCUAUCAAUGCGGCAAGAACGGAGAAACGUUACGACGGGGACACUUUGAUCUUAUGCAUGUGUGCAGAUGCGAACUCCAUUGAUCCGAAGGACCGCAGCUCUGUGCAAAAGGAGCUCCGCAGGUUCAUUCCCGACAUCGAGGUGGUCGAUACAGCUUGUCACGACUGGGUGGAAGACGAGUUCUCCAAGGGAGCCUGGAUGAUGCACCGGCCGGGCACGUUCACAAAUGCUGGCCCUGAGAUUCGAAAGCCACACGGGAAUAUCCGCUUUGCUGGCAGUGACCUUUCGGCAAUUCAGCCGGGGUCCAUUGAAGGCGCGCUGGCCAGUGGUGCCGUCGCUGCCCGUGAUUUGUCCAUUGCAUUGUCGAGAGCACGCCUUUAG